AUGUCAGGGAAUUACGACUACCCACCUGCCUCUUCCCGCCGCUCAUCUCGCCCCGGUGGCCCCGAACCGCCUAUCCCCGAAUCCCUCCCUCAACGUGUCCAACGAAUUAUCGACGCCCUCAGCGAGCGUAACGACGAACCAGAACUAGACUCGGAGCAGAACAACUCGCAUGGUGUCUUCCGAACUAGUCUGCAUCAGAUUCUUGAUGAUUUGGCACCCGAUCUUAGUGCCCAGAGCAUACAUGAGGGUUUAGAGACCCCGCGCGAAAGUCAUUCCACUCCACCACCCCGGCCUUCACGAGAUAGCCUGCUCUACCUCCGAAAUUUGAUCCACUCAGAGAGUAAUCACUCAAAUCCUGGCGAUACCGAUCGUGCAUUGCAAACACUGAACCAGGAGAUUGAAGACCAUCGGCUCGAUACAGUCCGCCAACUCACCCACGCCGAACAAUCCCGGGCCACAGUCCAGCAACAGCUUCAGCAGAUAACAUCAGACGUGACGAGCCCUUCUCGCAGACAUACACCCGGUAGGGGAAUUUUGGAUCGACUCCGUCCCGAGCGGCCACCGUCAACUUUGAGUCCCGCUUCGUUAACCCAGGAGCCCCGCUCAACAAACAGACUGAUAAGACGCCGCUCGUUCAGAUCUGAUUUCCGAGGGAUUGAUCCGAGCAAUCUCACAGCACCAGUUCCUACACCGUCCCUCAUGCCGCAGCCUGCGCAGACACAUCGUGAUGGCCGUGAUGGCCGGGCGAGGUUGAAGCGACGAAAGUUGGACACCGACGACAACCGUGAGGGAAUCCGGGGCUUUAACUACGGACAGUAUGGCCAAGUAGUUCCCGGGCCACUGAAGAUGGAACUUGCCAGCUGUGAUGGUGGCAUUUAUGACCCGGACGGCGACUGCUCGUUCCCGGAGAAUAUUCUCCGGAAUGACAAUUCGGUCUACUGUACCAAGUCCGAUCGCUGCAACCUGGUUCUACGACAUCAAGGCGAGGCGCCCUUCUGCCUGAAGAAGCUUGUCAUUAAAGCUCCUCGGAAUGGAUAUGAUUCUCCUAUCCAAGAAGGCAUGGUUUUCGUCUCGAUGACAUCGGACGAACAACUCGCCCGCACAGCCCAAUACCAAAUUCAAUAUUCAAGCGUCCACCGGCGCCAACACCGCCGCCGAAUGCGUGUCUUGCCCUCACAAGAGUACCUCAAUUCCUACCGCGCACCCUUGCAAUCUCUAGAACGCACCGUCCUAACAGGGCCAAAUGCCCUCCCCACCACAAACUACGAAACACCAGAACCUCGCACCACAACCCCACAAUCCGAGUUUCGCAUAACAACAGAUUACCACGAGAACUCCGAAGACAGCGUCUUCCACGACCAAGAAGACUCCAACGAGGACAUCGCCGAACUACAGCGACUGGAAAACGAAGAAGACCCCCUCUGCUCCGACAGCGACGAGAGCGUCAGUGAAGAUGACGACGAAGAAGAGGAAGAAGAGAGAACCGGCCUGACCGAUAGCAACCGCCGCCUCCGCGAACUAUCGCGCCGCGCCGGCUUUAUGCGACGAGGCUGGUCCGGGUCCGAACCGCGACGCCAAGGCCAACCUAGCCUCAUCGACCCGAUCCCGCCCCCGCCUGUUGGAUCUGGGUCUGGGUCUGGGUCUGGGCCUGGUCCUAGCGGGGCAGGCGGGGCCGAAGUAAUGAAGCCUCAUGCACGAUUCUUUAUUGAGAGGGAGAAGAGUAUGGUUAGCAUCAAAUUUGAUCCUCCGCCGUCCGGCCGCUUCAUCCUAAUCAAACUCUGGAGUCCACGCAACGCCGACAACAUUGAUAUCCAAAGUAUCAUAGCGCACGGGUACGCUGGACCACGAUUCUUUCCCAGCGGCGGGUUCCGCUAG